AUGAGAAGAACAACAUACCUGACGGCUUUACUGCCGUUUGUCGGAGCAACACAUGCAGCCCCGGAGGGACCUCGAUGUCGAUGCACACCCGACCUGUCUUGCUGGCCAUCCCCGGGCCUCUGGCAGACACUGAACAAGACCUUAUCAGGAAAUCUCGUUGCCGUCAAGCCCGUGGGGGCUGUCUGCCACGACCCAACCUACAAUGGAGGCCUUUGUGGCAGUGUGAAGGAGAUGCAGAUGGACUCUUCCUGGAGGUCCGCACAAACAGGUGCGGUACAGAAUAUCAACUGGGAGACAUGGCCGGAAAGGAACGAGUCAUGCUAUAUUGAUGACUCUCGACAAGCUCCCUGCGGACAGGGUAGGAUACCAUUGUACUCCGCUGUUGUCCAUUCCCCAUUGGAUGUUCAGAAAGCUGUACGGUUCGCCAGCAAGUAUAACCUUCGUCUGGUAAUCAAGAACACCGGACACGAUUAUCUCGGACGCUCGACUGGACCGGAAUCUUUGCAGAUAUUUACCCAUAACAUGAAGAACAUCAACUUCACGGACAACUUCGUGCCAGAGGGAAAGCCAGAUGGUAGAGGCAUUGGCCAGGCAGUUACCAUUGCUGCUGGUGUUCAACUAUAUGAGCUGUACGAGGCUGCUGGCAAGAGAGGACUUACACAGGUUAUUGGCCUGUCAACUACAGUUGGAGCAGCUGGUGGGUACAUUCAAGGAGGCGGCCAUUCGCCCCUAGGCCCAUGGAAGGGUAUGUCAACCGAUCAUGUACUAGAGUACAAAGUGGUCACUGCAGAUGCAAAAUUCGUGACUGCAAAUGAAUAUCAGAACCCCGACCUGUUCUGGGCUCUUAGGGGUGGUGGAGGAGGGACAUUUGGUGUUGUCACCAGUGUUACUCUCAGGACCUUCAGGGACCCUCCAACCAUCGUGUCACAAGUGAACAUCACUAUGGGUAGCAAGGCAAACGAAUCGUAUUGGACUGCGGUUGAGAAAUUCCAGGCAUACCUACCAGCACUUAGCGAUGCCGGCUGUUCAGGCUAUUAUUACGUGCUUCCAAAUGUGACCCUCGGCCCACAAAGUGCAGCAGUUGUUUUUGCUCUAUUCUACUACGCAAACCAGACGGAUAAAGCAUACGUCGACAAACUCUAUAAGCCUCUUUUUGCCGAUCUCUCCUCCAUCCCUGGAAUCAGCGUCGCCAAAGAGGAUGUCGCAGCUUCAUCUUCAACCGAAGCUUUCAGGCCCGUGUUUGGCAAUAAACCGCCCCGAGACGGCGGCGGAGUAAACAUCCUAGGCUCAAGGCUCUUCUCCAGAAAGCUCCUCGAGACCCCAGGCGGAGCAGCUAACCUCACCACUGCCCUCUCCAAGCUAGAUUUCAAAAACCUGCAGCCCGCCAUUGGCCACCUCGUUGCUGGAGGACAAGUUGCUGAGAACGCAAAUGUUCAAAGUGCCCUCAAUCCUUCAUGGAGAAAGGCACUGGUUCACCUUGUCCUCCCUCGCGACUGGAGUAUCGACUCCACCUUCGCAGAACAGAUGAGGAUUUCCACUAAACUGACUGAGGUAGAAGUGCCAUUGCUAGCUGCCGUGGAGCCUGAUAUGGGCGCGUAUACCAAUGAAGCUGAUGUGAACGAGCCAAGGUUUCAACAGACCUUCUGGGGCUCGAAUUAUGACACCCUCCUCCGUAUCAAGAAUAGAUGGGACCCAAGGGGCCUCUUUUUCGUCCGUUCGGGAGUAGGAAGCGAGGCUUGGGAUAAACAGGGCUUGUGUCGAGCCUAA